AUGGAUUCAGCGAAUAGCGCAGUGGCGGUGGACAAGAAGCAACGCUUCAGUGAAUGGCGUGUGCAUCGUGGCCCCUACCUCGGAGACAUUUCAGCUCUCUGUUUUCUUCAUCUUCCCAACCAUUCUCUUCCUUUCCUGCUCGCUGGUUUGGGUUCGGAAAUUCUGCUUUACAACUUAGAACUCGUAAAGAUUGUUAGAUCCUUCUCUGUAUUCGAAGGGAUUCGCGUGCACGGAAUUACUUCUAGCUUCCCACAGGAGGCCGCUUCCUCUGUAACUGUGAUUUGUGUGUUUGGGGAAACAAGAGUCAAGCUAUUUACCUUCUCCUUUGAUAACGUUUCUGGGAGCCCUGAAUUGACACUGAUUCAUUUGUUGCCAAAGUUUGGACACUGGGUUUUGGAUGUUUGCUUCCUCGAGGGUUGCUUGCCUCAUUCCAAUAUGGAGAGCCGUUUUCUUGCAGUUGGAUGUAGCGACAAUUCAGUUCACAUAUGGGACAUCGCCAACUCUACUACUGUUCUCAAGGUUCAAUCUCCAGUACGGUGCCUUCUCUACUCAAUGCGAUUAUGGGGUCACAAUCUUGAAGUUCUCAGAAUUGCAUCCGGUACUAUAUAUAACGAGAUUAUUGUUUGGAAAGUGGCCCCUCAACAUGAUAAAUCUUCAAGAUGUCAAGAAGACCAUGAUCAUCGGAGCAUUUCAUCCUCCAAUUGCUGCCAGCUAAAAGAUAAACUGUAUGGGGCUGUUCAUGUAUGUAAACUUAUUGGACAUGAAGGUUCAAUCUUCCGAAUAGCAUGGUCGUCUUGUGGAUCUAAACUGGUAUCUGUCUCUGAUGAUCGUAGUGCACGUGUCUGGGCUCUUUCUAUUGAAAGGGAAGGUUCAAUGUGCCAUGAUCCCAUUGCCGUUGUCUUAUUCGGACAUAAUGCUCGAGUUUGGGACUGCUGUAUUUCUGAUUAUUUGGUUGUCACGGCCAGUGAGGAUUGUACAUGUCGUAUAUGGGGAGUUGAUGGUGAGCAGCUGCAAGUCAUUAAGGAGCACAUAGGAAGGGGUAUAUGGAGAUGCUUGUACGAUCCAAAUUCGUCACUUCUUAUAACUGCUGGGUUUGACUCUGCUAUUAAAGUGCAUCGGCCUCAUACUUCUCUGACCACGGGCCUGGCAGCAGUACAAGGGUCUCCUGGCAGGAGAGAGUUGUUUUCCAUUUGCGUCCCUAAUGUAUUGGAGCAUAUUGGACUCAUGGACAGCAAGAGUGAAUACGUUCGUUGUUUGCAUUUUUCCUGUCAGGAUUCUCUUUAUGUUGCUACCAAUCAUGGUUAUCUCUACCAUGCUAAAUUAUGUGACACUGGAGGUGCUCUGUGGAAUCAACUUUGCCAGGUCAGCAGUGGGGCACCAAUUAUCUGUAUGGAUCUAUUGUCUAAGGACUCAUUUGAACUUGACUGUGGUGCUGAGGAUUGGAUUGCUAUUGGAGAUGGUAAAGGAAAUAUGACGGUUAUUGGAGUUACUAACGAUGAUUGUACUCCUACAGUGAGAUUAAGCUUUACCUGGCCAGCUGAAAUGGAGAGACAACUUUUAGGUACCUAUUGGUGCAAAUCUCUCGGAUGUAGGUAUGUCUUUACAGCUGAUCCUAGAGGUACAUUGAAACUCUGGAGAUUGACUGACCCUUCACAAUCUAAUCUUCAGAACUCCAUGAGGAGUAACAGCGUGUCACGUAUAGCAGAAUUCAUAUCAAGUUAUGGAAUGCGGAUAAUGUGUUUGGAUGGAUGCAUGGAGGAAGAGGUCCUAGCUUGUGGAGAUCUACGUGGUAAUAUGGUUCUGUUCCCUUUGCUAAAGAGUCUGGUGCUGGGCACAUCGGUUACUCAAGUAGUGAAGAUACCUCCAGUAAAUCAUUUCAAAGGAGUUCACGGAAUUUCAAGUGUGUCCAGUGUGUCUGUGACUAAACUUGGUUACAAUCAGAUUGAGAUAUGCUCAACUGGAGCUGAUGGUUGUAUAUGCUAUCUGGAAUAUGAUAGAGAAAUGCAGGAUUUGCAAUUUAUGGGGAUGAAACAAGUGAAAGAGUUGACUUUGAUUGAAUAUGUUUCUGUGGAUAACAACUUUGUUGAUACUUUGUCAAGCAGCUAUGCAGCUGGUUUUGCAUCAGUAGAUUUCAUAGUAUGGAACCUAGUUAAUGAGAAUAAGGUAGUGAAAAUUCCAUGUGGUGGAUGGAGGCGUCCUCAUUCCUAUUAUCUAGGUGAUGUGCCCGAGAUGAAGAACUGUUUUGCCUUUGUCAAGGAUGAAAUGAUACAUAUACAUAGACACUGGAUUCAUGAUAGAGAAGGGAAGAUAUACCCUCAGAGUUUGCACAUGCAAUUCCAUGGGAGAGAGAUACAUUCCUUGUGCUUUAUCUCUGAAGAUAUGCUUCUUGGAGAUAGUUAUAACCAUACCUUAUUUUCUAAAUCAAGUUGGAUUGCAACUGGAUGUGAAGAUGGAACUGUGAGGUUGACUUGGUACUCUCCAGGUAUUGAAAAUUGGUCUAUGUCAAAAUUGCUUGGUGAGCAUGUUGGAGGAUCAGCUGUAAGAUCAAUUUGUUGUGUGGCAAAACUACACACCAUUUCAUCGUAUACAGCUGAUGUACCUGAUGGGAGGAGUGAACUUAAUGCUGUUGUUGAUGACAAAGAGAAUCCAACCUUACUAAUAUCAGUGGGUGCAAAGCGAGUAAUAACUUCUUGGCUACUAAAAAAUAGGAGGCCGGACAAUAAAAAUGACUUCCUAACUGAUCAUCAGCAUAAUUCAAAAGGAUUUGAUAAUCAAUUUUUGUCAAGUUUGUCCUCGUCAAUGAUGUUCCAGUGGCUUUCCACUGAUAUGCCAGCCAAAUAUUCAAUUACUCACAAAUAUCCAGAAAAUAAUGCGGAGAAAGUGGUUGGGGUUGCUGAAAAUUUUUCUAGUACAAAAAUUGAUGCUAGACCUGGAUCACUGUUAUCUGAAAUGGGAAUGAUACAUGAGGAUGACUGGAGAUAUCUUGCAGUCACUGCUUUUCUUGUCAAAUGCGCUGGUUCCAGGAUAUCUGUCUGUUUUGUUGUCAUUGCUUGUUCAGAUGCUACACUUAUGUUACGGGCUUUAAUUUUGCCCCUUCGUUUAUGGUUUGAUGUCACUUUGCUGGUUCCUUUAUUGGCACCUGUUUUAUCAUUGCAGCAUAUCAUCUUUCCCGUAUGUAGGCCUUCUAAAGAAAACGUCCAAGUUGGAAAUGUUUAUGUUGUGAUUAGUGGAUCUACCGAUGGGAGUGUUGCUUUUUGGGACCUAACAGACAGCGUUGAAGCUUUUAUGCAGCGGGUUUCAGUUUGUAAUGUAGAGAAUGUUUUUGAUUGUCAAAAACGACCACGCACAGGGAGAGGAAGUCAAGGUGGUAGACGGUGGAGAUCUUUGAGCAGUGACUUGUCAAAGAAAAGACCAGGCAGCGGUUUGGUCACCUCAAAAACCAAAGAGGAGACCAAAAGUAUCAGUUGUGGAGACAGCAAGAUGGUUCGUUCUCAAGCUAUGGAUACAGCUCUCCCUGAUUCAGAAAUUAGGACCGAUAAUUCAUCAGCGGAAAUAUGUGAAAUACAGCCUCUAUGCCUUUUGCCAAAUACUCACCAAUCUGGUGUCAAUUGUCUCCAUGUUUCAGAGAUAAAGGGUGGCCAAAAUACUGAUGGUUGCCAUGUGUACAGUAUAAUUAGUGGGGGUGAUGAUCAAGCACUUCAUCAUCUUAUAGUUGAAUUAUCACUUAAAUCAAUAAAUUUAGAUAAUGGGGUUUUGACCCCAAAUAUCACACAUUUGGUCUCUGUACCUGAAUAUGGAAAGGACAUGAACUUUCAAAAUUUGAGCAAGAAUUAUAGGAUCAGAUUCUUAAAUUAUGAAAAAAUUCCUUCGGCCCACAGCUCUUCUGUUAAAGGUGUCUGGACAGAUGGAUCUUGGGUGUUUUCCACUGGACUUGAUCAGCGGGUCAGAUGCUGGCAUCUUGACCAGAGUAAACUAAUUGAGUAUGCACAUCUAAUAGUUAGUGUGCCAGAGCCAGAAGCGUUAUCUGCUAGGGCUUGUGGCAGGAACCAUUAUCAGAUUGCUGUUGCUGGAAGAGGGAUGCAAAUAAUUGACUUUUCAGGACCCUGAUACAUGAGUGAUGACUAGUGGAGAAUGAAGUGAUUGCUGUUAUUUCAUUUUUCUUACAUCAGAUUAAUGGAGGUUCAAUUUUCCCGAACUCGUUCAGAUGAACCGAAUCCUGCUGGUAAUCACUUGAGGCUCGGUCAAAUAGUCUCUGAUGUACCUAAAAAUUGUUGGUACUAAGUGUAGCUGUUCAUUGUGUACUCAACAACGCACUAGCCUUCUGCUGCACCCGUGUUUGGUUGGGGAGAAAUUUUGUAAUACUAGGGAAAUAUAAAUACUAGGAAUU